AUGGGGGCGGCGGCGGCGGCGAGCGGGGCCCCGUGCCGGUGCGGCGGGAAGGGCCGAGCCCGGCUGGACCCCUGCGGGGGGCUCUGCCUCCUCCUCACCUACCUGAGCGUGGGCUACGCCGAUUACGUCAUUCUGGAGCACAUCCUGCUCCUGCCUGGCUUCCGGGACAGCUUCUGGUGUCCUUUCCAUGCUGUGGCUUUCAACCUCGUUGUUCUGAUGCUCCUCGUCUGCCACACGAGGGCUGUAUUUGGCGACCCAGGGGUGGUCCCACUUCCCGACACCGCCCUCGAUUUCUCCGAUCUGAGGAGCAGCAACAGCAGCAGCGCCGCGCAUCAGAACAGCCGUCUUCACAGGAUCAACAACUGCGUGGGAGAACUCAACCAGAAAUACUUCAUCCAGUUCCUUUUCUACACAGGCUUGGCGAGUCUCUACUCCAUGGGGCUGGUUUUGGCCUCCUGGUUGUGGCCCCUGGACAGGAUCUCGGCCAGCAGAUCCGAAGGCUACGAAGGCGGCGUGGCCGGCAACCCCAUCCAAAUUGCUCACCGGAUCAUCUUGCUAGUGGAGUCCAUCCUCUUCGGCCUCUUCGUCACGGUGAUAUUUUACGACCAGGUGGUCUCCAUCAUCACCGACGAGACCGCCGUGGAGCAGCUGCGCAACCGGCUUCAGAGGGAGGGUCCCCAGGUGGGGAGCCACACACGCAAACCCAAGAUUGCCCUCCUGCGUGAGGUCUUCGGCCGAGGUUUGGUCAUCUGCUGGUUUUUCCCCUGCAACUUCACCUCUCCAUCCACCAGCGGGCCGUCUUACAGCUACCUGCCCAACUACGACGUCUGACCUCCUCCUGGCCCGCCCCUCUCCGCUCGCUUCUCUUUCUCUCUUGGGGGGGGGGGAGGAGAGGCACGCCUCUCCCCCCCAAUUCAUCGGCUGCAGCAAAAGAAGGCGACCCCCAGACGAGGUGACCCCUAAAGCUGGAACGGCUCGCUCA